CUCGGUGCGCCGCCGUGUACUUCUGCGAGGACGGAUGUGUCCCGAAGGAGGAGCACGAGGCCUGGUGCCAGAGACUGCGCCAGUACAUGUUGAGAGAGGCCUGGCUGGGAUACAUGCCUUUCAGCUACAACACAGAGGUGACGUCCAGAGACUUCAGUCUGGAGGAGUUCUUGUCAGAGCACAGGCUGGACAGAGGCUACUGGCUUGCACUGGAGCAUGCUGCUACGCCAGCAGCAGAGCAUAACAGCAGAGAAGGAGCAGACCAGAAAACAACAGGACUGGAUACAAAGUCAUAAGGAAGGAUACGGACCCCUAAAAGAAGAAGAAGCCAUUUUAAUGUCAACUCUCCAUUUAAAAAGCCUCAUCAGACCACUAGUAUCGUGGCAUAUGUACUUCAGAUGGAGAGAGCUCAGUUCUUCUUCCGUGGUCGCUCCUCUUCUCAGCUCUGCCCUGUCGAUCUACUACAUUAUCACUUCACUGGUGCCAAUCCAUUCUCCAGAUUUAAAUUUUUCAUCUAAGAAGUUCUUGAAGAUCCACCUCAUCGAGUCGUACAGGGAGCUGCACACCUUGGCCACACUCUGGGAACUGACUGUGCUCCUGCCACAUGUGACCUUUGACCUGGUGUUUGCGUGCGCACAUCUACCGUCAUGGUUCCACAACAUGAAGCUCUACAUGUAUAAAAAGGAUGAAGAGGGCAGCGUCACCAUAGCAACAGAGCCGCCGGAGACCAGCGACACGAGGACGGUCGGGGUCAGAGUUCACUGUGGGGAGUACGAGUCUCUGCAGGACCGCGAGCCUGACCUCAUCGUUGGAUUCAGGCCAAGUUUUGUGAGAAAAGCUUCGACAUGGCGUAGGAUUCUGCCCAAACUCAAGAGCGUGGGCGCGCCGGCGUUCUUCUGUGAGAUCAGUGAGUACAGGUGCGCCAACAGUGUGGAGGUGGUACGCACCGCCGUCGGAGGAGCCGUGUCUGAACCCAUGUACAACCCGUUCCACUGCCCUCUGCGCAUCACAGGAGGAGACAACAAACUGCCCAAGUACAGCAAUGCCUUUAUCUUCUGCCUCAUCCAUACCAAGGAGAAAGUAGAAAAAGAAGCUCUACGUGCAAUUAAGCGAAAGAAGAAUAAGAACAAAUAAAAGUUAAAAAGUG